GGCGUGGUCUAGCGGGGGGGCGGUGCCGGUGUCGCCACGGCAACGAGCAAACAGGAAGACGCCGUGGUGAUCAGCAAAGGAAGGGAUAACAGCUGAUGCUGGGGCCCCUUGAGCUGCUUGCAAGCAGAGUGAAGGUGAGGAGAAGGGAUGUCUCGCAGUGUGCGGUGGCGACGUGAGGCGAGCGACCUCGUGAGUUGGAGCCAAGACCAGGCCCUGAACACCACCAUGUACAUCCUGCGCCAGUUUGGACCCACCGGCUUCAUGCUGCAGGAGGAGGGGCAGCGUAGCACUGUCAAGGUUCUGCUAGGGGACCCACACCACUGCAGCUGCCAGACAUUUUGUAAAGAGAAGGACUUGUGCAAGCACAUUUGCUGGCUUCUCCUGAAGAAGUUUCGUCUGCCAAGGGAACAUGAGUAUGCUUUUCAGGUUGGCUUGGUUGCACGGGAGAUUGUGGAGCUGCUGAGUGGAUUUCACCACAAGCAAGCUGCCCGGCCUGCCAACACCCAGCCCACGCACCUCUCCAACGUUGCCCAUGCUGGCAGUCACGCCUCUAUGGCCCAGAAGGACAUCGGCAUCAAUGACAUCUGUCCCAUCUGUCAGGAGAAGCUUUUUAAAAGGAGGCUGCCUGUCACAUACUGCAGGCAUGGCUGCGGCAACAGCGUGCACAUCAGCUGCAUGAAGAUGUGGGCUGACCACCAGACAAGGGAGGGCGAUGAUGGCUCGAUGACGCUCAGCUGUCCACUGUGCCGGGAGUGCUUUGGCACUUAUGCCCUGCUGCAGGAGGAGGCAAAUAAUGCUGAACAGCUAAUCACAGCUGCCGAGAGGGUCCGUCUACACAUUAAUUCUGGCAUUGCGUGCCACCACUGUCAAAUGCGCCCCAUCCAAGGAACCUGCUACAGAUGUGCAGAGUGCAUGGACAUACACCUCUGUCAGGAGUGCUUCUUGGCUCGCAAUCAUUUCCAUCACAUGUUCGUCUUUAGAAAAACACGAUCCUCCAGCUGGUGUCCGGUACAAACAGAGUCCGGGCAGCUGCUGCCCUCAGUGAAGAACCAGGGGACGAAUGCCAGGGAACAGGGCUGUACCAAUGCAAUUGCCUCUUGUCCAGGUGAAGCACUGCAGGAGAGUGCUCUGGCCUCACUCCCCAUCCUGUCGGUGGGUCCGCGGAGUCGGCUCAUGGCUCCAGGACGACAGUGUCGUGUGUGCCUAAGGUCAUUCAGGCAGGGACAGCACGUGCGCCCUCUACCCUGCCGGCACAUGUUUCACAAGGACUGCAUUGACCGCUGGCUACUCAAUGUGUCUGGGACGUGCCCAGUGGAUGACCUGCCUUUGACCCAGCCUGCAUUGAGAGGUGCACACAAGGAAGAGGUGAAGUUGGGAGUGAGGCAGAGACUCCCAAAGCCAGAAGGCCUACCUGAAGGCUUCUUUCUCAGUGGGCUCAUGCUAAUUUCAACACACAAAUCUCAAUGAAAUGUAUAUAUGUGUAGUGGAUUCAACUAAGUUGCAGACGUACUUCUUGGAGGCAACACAUUUAUUAACACCAACACAUUUACACAAAGGGGUUACUGCCCCUUUACCAGAUAACCUAAGGUGGUGGACCACCAGUCUAACUACGCUAGUUACUGGGAGUAGCUACAACGGACAGGACCCUGGCUUGUGUCCUCGUCCACUUGUUGGUGACUUCUUCUUGGACGUAGAACGUAUAUCGUAGAUCUUCAAAUGAUAACAGCAACGCCGAUAGCCCCGGUCCCUGUGGGGACCCGGUUUAUAUGCUCCCAGAUCGUGGCUGGCUCCGCCCUUGGCCACGACCACCUUCGAGAAACCUCUUGUCGUUUCUCGACCCUUCCCGUAGGAUCUCCCCCUGACACGUGACCACCCCCAAGCUCCCACCUGGGGCCCCUGUGUAGAUCUUACUAGUCACGUGCCUUCCUGGGUCAACCAGAGUGCCAUGACCUAGGGUAACCUCACCCCAUGGCUGACACUCUCACACUCCCUCCUGUAGGAGUCAGCACUGCACGCCACGCGUAGUGCCACUAAGCGCUAUCCCAGUGCUCACCGAGCCCCCUCUAGGGCUGGUACUACACCCACCUACGGGGUGUCCGCAAUGACAAUGCAUCGCGUGCCGUGCCUCGCGAGAGCCGACAUUACUCAGUGACAUUCACAAUGUCGCUACAUGCGUGAUGUCCACGAUGUGAGUACAUCGCACACCGUGCCCCUCUAGGGCCGGCACCACACAGUGACAUCCGCGAUGUCACUACAUAUGCAUGGGACUUCUGGCCCAGGUGUCACAGCAGAGGGUAGUGCGUUUGUGUUAGACCAGUCGCCCCGUUACACAGUAUUGACAUCUGCUUAUAGCAGAAAUACCAGUCAACAAAACAAUAUAAUUUGGUGAGCAUCAAUGCACAUAGGAACAUUGAUCAUAGAUAUGGAACUUGUUCAAUCAAAUUAGCCCUUUCACAUGGUCUUUGAACACAAGAGUUGACACUGAAUGAAAAUUAUGGCAAGCAGCAGGUGACAGGUAUGCAGGUGGAAGCCCAGGGAUUGGCACCCAAAGGAUGGGGGGAGAGAGUAAGAUCACUCUUGGAAAAACCUACAAAACCCCCACCCACCUACGGGCACUCCAAAUGGCUGUCUAAGACCUUCAAAGGGAAAAGAGGAAAUAACUCUUAACUUGGUAUCUUGCCCACUAAAGAGGACACAGGCAGAGCUAUGCAAUGUGAUUUUAGUGAUGAGUCUGUUGAGAGCCAUGUUUAUGGAAACUUUAAUGGUCCAUACUUGGGAAGAGCUAUUUCCAGAGACCUGCCAAAUGUGAUAUGCCACAUGAAGCACCAGAAAGCUGCAGCCCUCUUGCAAGACCGGGCAGGGUUCUCCCCUGCCCACCCAUACCUCAUUGAGACUCUGGUCCUCGCAGGAAUCAUGCUGAGAUACAGCUAAACAUUACUUGUGAAGCAAAAAAAGACAAUCACAGUCGUCCCUUUAUUUCUACAGGCCUAAAUUUACAACAUAAUGCCAUUCAUUACUGGUGAAUAAUCAUCUGUUUAGAAAAUGUUAUUUUAUGGCAUCUGUUUUUAUUGCCAAACUAUACUGAUGACAAGGGGAUGUUUAAACACAAGAAUUCAGCUGAGUUCCAACAGAAUAACCUUGCCGACAUCAUACUUAUAUGCAUGUUGUAUAUGCAGAAAUAUCUUUAAAUAUAUGGUAGUGUAAUGAUACAAUAUAUUAAACGUAGACAAAUGUAUGCACUUUGGUUGUAAAACAUUUUUGAUUAGCUAAGCUUUUGAUUCAUACGUGUUCAGCUAGUUGUAAACCAUAGCACCUCCGAUUAGCACGGUUGGCUACGUACGGUGUGAAAGAAGUUCAACAUACAUACAUACGUAGACCACCCAUCCACAUGCCUGCAUUGGGUCAGAGGCACGCCUCGGGUUUAUUCAGCAACUUUUACCCAACAUUGUAUAAACCUGGAUCCCUCAAUCAACGGCCUUGAAGAAUGCAUAAUUACAGUAAGGAAUUGUGGACUGAUAAUAAUUUACAUUAGAUUUGUUUAACAUAAAACUGUCAAAUUCUGAUCAUAAUUUCACAUUGAUCACAUACGUGCUCAGUAAUUUACAUGUUUCAAUCAAAGUGAGGGUUUACCUUCAUUAAGCAUGUGUGGGAACUCAGUUUGGUGGUUCACAGAUGUUAUCAACUGUAGCACAGUGAUUAUUGUUGCCUAACAUGGUCACUAUCUGCAUUGGUGUGCAUGAUUAAAAAGUACAAUCUGAACAAAUAAUAUAGCAAUGCAAUUUGCCAUUCUACCAAGAGAGCAAAAGGUGCACCAACACAAAUGUAUUCAUAAGACAAACCCACAUAGGUGCCAAUUGACAGAACAGCAUUGCAACCUUGGAGACCACCGUACACAAUAAGGUGCUUUCUCCCUUCUCGUCCAAUCUGACAUGGCAUGUAAGGAAUGCGGGAGACUUUGCCUCCUUUUAACGUGGUGGUUCUUAAUCCUUUUGUCAUGGAUCAGAGCCCAGCCUGGGAAAGCGCCAAUUGCUGUUCCCAAGCCCACGGAGCAGGGAGACCAGCACGCACGCACAUUUUAUCCAGGGCAGUGUUUACUUCCUUGACCCUGCUGACACCGUCAUGACAACAACAUUAGGGCAAAUAUAUAUUUAUCUUCACUUUAUCCACAUAAGUGUUGCUAAAAUGCAUAAUCUGACCAUACGUUUGCGACCAAAGUGGAUAAAAUGAACUGCAUAAAUGUAUGUAUCCUGUCACACCUAUAUAGAUUAUGCACGGAAAUCAGUGAAUCAAAUAAUGGUCAAUAUAGAGCUGAACCAGGUGAGGGAUAUUAGGAAAGUUAUUUCUUUUUUUGACCAAAUACAAAUGACCCUAGGACUACACCGUAUAAAACAGUCUCCAUUCAGCAGCUUUCCUCCUCUUUCCUCCUGAUGACGAUCGCUUGUGUUGUGAUCAAAACGUCGCAGUUUUUUAAAAUUCAUAUUCUUUGGGUCGUUCAGUAAAGUCACGUAGA